GGGGUUUGAAGUGAAAAAAAUGGCUUCAGAAAAUCCGUUCCCAAACAACUCUCCUUGUCAUCACCUUCCUCGCCUUAAUGAAUGGAGUGCAUUUUGACUUUGGCCGUGGCAGGUCCCUGUCUGACUUGGACAGUGAGCGGACAAGUUUGAGCCCCUGGUUGUUGUCAGCAUCUAGUGCAGGCGCUCUGGUUGUUUGCUUCUGGCCCUGUUAAACAAACAGGUAAGGAUUAGGCCACCCAUUUUAACAUAGAAUUUAUGCGUCUAAAGCCUAUUUUAAAGAUGAAAGCACUUUGCAGUUCAAAAAUGUUCCAAGCCUCCAUCUGUGUCUAAGAUGCCCGCCCGCCCCAGCCCAUCCCCCGGGCAGGACAGCUGUUUAGCUGGAUGCCUCUGAAGAGCCUCGUGGGGGACCCUGCCUGGAGACCUGAGCAGAACGAGGUCAGACAGGGGAGUUUUUAGUUUGGUUGGAAAUCAGGUUCAUUCUGUCCAGGCCAAACAAUUGAAUUUGAGGUUAAGGAAUAAUAUUUAUAAAGAGGAAAGAGAGAGCGGCUUCUUCUACAGAAUCAGUUCUUGACUUUCAGAUGUUGAUUAUCCAGGCUUGUGAAUUAUUUAGGACGUCUGUGUCUCCGCUUUCUCUAGCGGCUUUGCUUUUUAUCUCCUCGUGCACUUUCCUUCCUUCUAGAAAAUAGGCAAGGUAAGAGAUGCAUGUUACAAACUCAAGUCUGAUCACUUGGCUGCUAAUAGGAAGCUCCACCGAAGGUUUGUCCUGCCCCUGGAGGGCGGGGAGGGAGCAUUUCUUAUGAAUCUUUGCUCUGCUCCUGGCCAGCACUUUACACAGUGAUUGUUGUUUUUAGGCGAAUCAGAUUGAAGGGAAUAUUUUCCUGUGAUUUGCAGGAGAGAGAGAGAGAGACAGGGCUUCUGAGAUCCCUGGAGUCUGCAGAGAGCGUGGUCCUGCCUCUGGCUUUGGCAUCCCUCACACGUGAAGGGGAUCCUUGAUCUGGAUGGUCUGCCAGCUCCUCACCACAGGCCUGGGGCUCCCUCCCAGUCUCUGCAGUCAGGCUUCGGGUGCUGAUCUCCUGGGUCUGGGUGCCGCUCCCUCCCGCUGUCAACCCGGGCCUGUGCAUCUGUCUGCCCAGCCCCACCCAGCAGGCGUCUGUGGGUUGACAGCCCAGGCGGGAGUGGCAGACCUCAUAUGCACGUGGACACUGCCUGAUUGAGAGCUGAGAGGCUUGCCAGGGAGGAUGAACAACUGGGACCCUCCUGGACCCGUGUCAUGGGCAGAUCAAAGACAAGUCAACGACGCUGAAGAAUACCAGCCUCCAAUAUGGAAAUCAUACUUGUAUCAGCUGCAGCAAGAGGCCCCUCGUCCCAAGAGGAUCAUUUGUCCCGGGGAGGUGGAAAACAGACCAAAAUAUUAUGGAAGAGAGUUUCAUGGAAUCAUCUCCCGAGAGCAGGCAGAUGAACUUCUUGGAGGCGUGGAGGGUGCCUACAUUCUUAGAGAAAGCCAGCGCCAGCCAGGAUGCUACACGUUAGCGCUAAGGUUUGGAAACCAGACCUUAAACUACAGGCUCUUCUAUGAUGGAAAACACUUUGUGGGCGAGAAGAGGUUUGAAUCGAUUCACGAUCUGGUCACAGAUGGCUUGAUAACACUGUACAUAGAAACAAAAGCUUCUGAAUACAUUUCCAAAAUGACAACAAACCCCAUCUAUGAACACAUUGGCUAUGCCACUUUGCUCAGAGAAAAAGUCUCCCGGAGACUAAGCAGGUCUAAAAAUGAAUCAAGAAAAGCCAACGUCACCAACGAAGAGCACGCAGCAGUUGAAAAGAUCUCCUCCCUGGUCCGAAGGGCCGCCCUCACACACCACGACAACCACUUCAACUAUGAGAAGACACACAACUUUAAGGUCCACACGUUCCGAGGCCCGCACUGGUGUGAAUACUGUGCCAACUUCAUGUGGGGCCUCAUUGCCCAAGGGGUCCGGUGCUCAGACUGUGGGUUGAACGUACACAAACAGUGUUCCAAGCACGUUCCCAACGACUGCCAGCCUGAUCUCAAGAGGAUCAAGAAGGUGUACUGCUGUGACCUCACGACACUGGUGAAGGCUCACAACACGCAGAGACCCAUGGUGGUAGACAUAUGCAUUCGGGAAAUUGAAGCAAGAGGAUUAAAAUCAGAAGGCCUUUAUAGAGUCUCUGGAUUCACUGAACACAUCGAAGAUGUCAAAAUGGCAUUUGACAGAGACGGUGAAAAGGCAGAUAUAUCUGCCAGCAUCUAUCCAGACAUAAACAUCAUCACUGGAGCCCUUAAACUGUACUUCAGAGACUUACCCAUUCCUGUCAUCACCUAUGAUACCUAUUCUAAAUUUAUAGAAGCAGCAAAAAUCUCCAAUGUGGAUGAGAGGCUGGAAGCAGUCCAUGAGGUGCUGAUGCUGCUGCCACCUGCCCACUAUGAGACCCUCCGCUACCUAAUGAUCCACCUCAAGAAGGUGACUCUGAAUGAAAAGGACAAUUUCAUGAAUGCUGAAAACCUGGGGAUCGUGUUCGGGCCCACCUUGAUGAGGCCCCCCGAGGACAGCACCCUCACCACCCUCCACGACAUGCGGUACCAAAAGCUAAUUGUGCAGAUUUUAAUAGAAAACGAAGAUGUUUUGUUCUAAUCCACCAGCAAAAUGAGCCCAACCGCCACAGCCCCAUCUAGGUUGAUAAGGCUCAAGAAAUAAAAACAUUUCUUAUACUUGCUUUGUUUUCCAAACAAGUGACAGAAUUUCCUGGACCGCAGUGGAUUGCCAAGUUGGCUACUGUGUCUCGUAGACACUGCCUCCCCCGCCCCCACCCCCUCCCCACCCCCCACGGGAGAACAGCAAGGAUGAGGGUGAGAAGCAGCCCUCACCUCGGGUCUUUGCCGUGCCUCCUCGGAUGUCUGUCUGUUUUGCUGGAAGAGUGAUUAAUAAAUCUUUCUUUAACUUAUUAAAAAACAACAUAGACCUUUAAACGUCAGUCUUAUCAGUAAUAAAAGGGAACUUAAUUCAUAGAGGUACUUGAGACAGUUAUACAUUUUCCACUUACAAAGAGAAGACAAUUCUAUAUGUUAAAUGUUAAAUGAAACUUAUAUUGUAAAAUGUAUUUUUAUUUUAGCUGCAAGAAUGUUACUUUAUUUUAGCAAAUAGAACUCAAUGCAGUGCAUUGAUUAUUACCCUGUGUCCCUUGUCCUGCCUUCUUGCUGUGGUCCCUGAAAAAAGUUUACCAUGAAUGCAGUAUUAUCUUGACAUACCUCUGUCCUUAUCAGUGCUUCGCAAUGAAAUUUCACUCCCACCUGUGUCCCUGCUUUUGAUAGUUUUUGCUGUUAAGCACUGGCAUUUUGCUAUCGUACGGUAUAUAUUUCUAGCAAUUGUAGGAUGAUCCGAAACAUCCACGAGUUUUCUUUCCAUAAAAAUUUUGUGAAAUCCCAAAGUAUGUUUCAGAAUUGGUCAUAGUCUUUCCACGUGAUGUGUGUACACCACAGACCAUGCCGAAUGUGGUCAUUUUACAUAAAAUGACUUAGGAACACUGGUUCUAUCUGGGCCGCGUCCAAAAAUUCGCACUUUUCUUCUUUGCUUUUUAGGCAAGCACUCUGAAUUCAUCAUGUUAAGGGCAAGUUGCAUUUUUGCCACAUUUCUGUGUUCGUGAAAAGUGAAUCUGCAGAAUAGUUACUGAUUUUUUUUUGUUUGUUUUAUAAACAAGCGUUUUUAAAAGUAAGAAUGAAUAGGUUGGGUUUUUUACAAACAUUUGUUCCUCCUUGAUAAAAGUAGUUCUGAUGGAUAAUAAUUUAAUACGAUUUGAUUACUAUAGUUCUAUCUUAUUGGUUAUAUUUAAUCUUAGCAUGAGCUUUUCACGCCAAGAUUUCUAUAUUUUGUAACAUAGGUAAAAUAUUUAAAACAUCAAAAACUGUAAAUCUAAAUUUUCUUCUCCUAAAUCCAACUACAAUGUCUUUUCCUCUGAUUGUCUGAAGUGAUUCAUGUCAUUACUCACUAGUCUUGCUUUGGAGUGACCAGAAGAGAAUUACUGUGUGAUAAGUGAGCUGGGGGGGGGGGGGCAGUGCAGUGUCAUCCUGGAAAGUCCCAAGGGCUAUGUGAUGGAAUCUGUUGGCACUCGGGGAGGGGGGGGUGGUCACAGUGGUUCUGCUUGGUCCCUGCUAUUAUCUGUCCUCCCAACUGUACAGAUUUGUUUGUUGUAGCUACGUAUUUCUUGAAACUGUCAAAAAAUUAUCUGGAAAUGGUUUUAUUUUGUGAAGUGAACAAUACUUUGUAAUUUAUGAUAGUGUACAUGGAAGGAAAAGCAUUAAAUGUAUUAAAUUCUUC